ACAAAUCUGAUAAAAUCUGCUGUCAGUACAAAAUAUUAUUGACGCAAUGUCAAUUCAGAGUAUUGUACAUUCUUAAAACUUUUAUUUAAGUACCUACUUGCCUGGUAAAAUAAUUGCUUCACUUUCAAACCACUUACGUACAGAAAAUAACCGCUGAUAAUCAAGAUAAACACAAUGUCGAAGAUACAAGAUAUUUCUAGCUUCCACGUAACAACUUACAGUCGUUAUAAUAUUUCUGAAAGCACAUCAGAUAUCCAGGUUUUUGUUAAUGAGUUUAAAAAACGAAUAGAAUGUGACCUACGACGAACCGAAGAGAAUGCUAAAGAAAAUUUUAUUACGUUUGCUGAAAAAAGGCUUAGUAUAUCUGAUAUAACUUGGUUACAAGAUAACUAUGAUAGAUUUUUUAAAGACACCGAAAAUAAAACUUUAAUUGAAGAUCACUAUUUGUCGGAAUGUGGCUUUAUUUGUAGUAUGGCGUAUUCGCCUGAUGGAGAAACAAUUAUUGUGGGCCAUUCGACUGGUUUGAUUCAGAUGCGUCAUGGCAGCACAGGUACAGUUCUUUGCACGCUGCGAAACAUUCAGUUCCCGCCAAAACCGGUGCAUGCUUUGGAAUACAGCUCUUUCGAGUCAAAUGUCUGCUAUGCGGCUUGCAUAGACGGUGCCGUAUAUCGGAUCGAGAUCCCAGAGAUAGACACGUCGAUUGAGGAACCUCCCACGUUCUGUAUCAGAGCUGAUCCGAUGCUAGAGAGCCUUAACAUGCAGUUCUAUGGAAGCCCAGGAACGUCUUUGUAUGCAACGCCAUUUGUUACCCAACAACGUGGCGCUGCUCUUUCGCUGGGAGUAAUGUCGGAGUGUAAGAAGAUGGCGGUUGGCUACGCAGACACGUCGAUCAAAAUCUAUAAUAUGGAAACGCAGGAGGCUGAUGUUACCUAUAAAGUACACAAGCUUCGACUUCAGUUCAUCCCUAAGAAGUUGCAGAGGAUGCAUUAUGGCCAGGUAGUCGCAUUGAGGGCACAUCCACAGAAACCGUUUCUGUUCGCCAGUGGAGCUUGGGACAAAACCCUUAGGAUCUGGGACAUAAGAUGCCAAGUCGGAUGCGUCAUGACCUUCGAAGGAGUUGACAUUUGCAGUGAUGCUAUUGAUUUGAACAGAGAACAUGUUCUAGCUGGUAGUUGGCUGCCCACCGAUGGUGUCAGUGUAUGGGAUCUGACAGCCAGAAAGUUACUAAGCUUCAUCAAGGUGCAGAACCGAAGACCAGACGUGGACGGCGAGUAUGUCUACGCGUGUCGAUACUGGCGUUCCUAUGAUUACAACCGCAAAGGUAAGUACGCUCUGGUCGGUGGAAGUGGAACUAAUAGCCUGGAAGUGAUAAAUCUCCAUAACAGAUACAUCACGUGUUCCUACCCCAGCCCAGGCACUAUACUCGCCGUCACCAGCUACCAGGAACGCAUAGCAUUCGCAGGCACCUCCAGUGCCUUCACAAUUGCCUCCUUCUAUGACCCCAAACUACAAAAAGAGAAGUACCAAGCCGCUCUCGACGCUGAUUACGACUACUCAAAGCCAGCUCCCGGCACGAUCACUCUUUAUCACGAUGACGUGAGCAUGUACUCCACCACUGAUCAGACUCCAGACACAGACAUGCCCGAAAGCCCAUCUUCAACUGGAACUGAUACAACAAAGUCGUCAUAGAAAACCUUGACAAAUAUGUCAACGCUUAGUUUUUAAAUGUAUUUUUAAUUUCUAUUUAAUAAUACCUUUCAUUGUAUCCAAAAGCUUUUGUUUUAUUAAUGAAAUAACCUCAAUUUAAUGAACUAUCCACCCUAAAGCUUUCAGCCUAGCAUAUGUACAGUAAGUAUGACAGAUGUAAAUGAUGAUGAUGGGCUCAAAUUACAGCGGCACGCGAACGGCCCAUCACCCAAACAGUAAUCCGUUUCAAUUUUGUUAAAGAGAUACUCGUGUUCAUUUCACUUCGCAGUCGUUGCCAGUUCAACGUAUCGUCGUCAUUGCAAUGAUAAUUUGCAAAGCUUGUUUCAAGCGAAUUGGACCGCAACUGCAAUAACCAUAAAACUCAUCCAAAUACGUGUCGAAAUUCAACGGCGCCAAAUUGAAAUCCUGGAAACAAUUGCACAAGUUUCCACAACAGAAAAACGAGGCUCGGCCAGCAUUGAAAAAUUAGAGUCGGCAUUGCGAAUUCAGCCGAGACUA